UGCAUUUCUAACUCACCUCGGCCCCACCCAUGUUUGCUCUGUGGAGGAGUAAUCACAGAUGAGCCGCUCUCUCAAGCUCUCUGCAAGAAAACAACUUGACACUGCGCUCCAGCACAACAUUGUUGCUUAACUCUGAAAAUCAGGAUGCCAGAAACUGCAGAGGCUGUGUCAGCCACUCUCACCACCAACAGAAACUGCACCAUAGAAAUAACCAAUGUCAGCAGUAGCUACUGCCUCAUCAACCCCAAGGUGUACAUGUCCAGUGGCUUCAGCUACCACCCACCCCAGCCUACGGUGCGGCCCACAAUGACGGAGGUGUGCUCCUUUACGAAGGAUGACAACACUGUCACGGGCGCCGUGGGCCUGCUCACCUACGACCUGUUCCACAUGCAGAGCCGGGUCUGCUCCGACCGCUUGGCCAUCAUGUUCUCCGUGCCUUUCGACGGCAACUUGUACAAGAACCGGCUGGCCGCGGGCGUGGUGGAGCAGUCCAGGUCCUGCGACAAACAUCUGUACGACCAGAUGUACGAUGGGAAAGACCUCAGCAACUUCACCCGCUCCGAGGGGAACGGGUGCGGGCUGGAAUAUAAAGCAACGUAUGUUGAUGUGCGAGCCACGAUGUCUUCGGUUGGCAGGGCUAUUGUUAAAGUGGAGCUCUAUGAUAAAAUGGGUCAUUAGUGUGCACUAUUGUGAGCUUCUGUUUUUCUUAAUGCUUUGUUGUUUUUGUAUCCACGGUGAAUAAACUUCAUUUGAUGUGACCACUGUUGUCAUCUUGAAAAAACAUUCAGGCGAUGAAGACUGAUUUUGCUGUCAUCUUUAUUUUGUGUCUGCCGAAAGAUAUCAAUAUCUGACAGCCAGCUCAUUGAUUCCACAUUAGCUUAUGUCUUUGGGCCCAUGUACGGUGUACUCUCCUUUCUCUUUGAUUAUGGCAAUAAAACAUUCAGACUUAAUGCCCGU